AUGGCAGGAAACAAACGGAUACUCCUAAUCACCAACUCGGAGCCUGGCCAGGCCAACGUCCAUUUAGUUGUCAGCCAGGAGCUCCUGAAGCAAGAUGCCACUCUCGAUCUACACAUUGCCUCUUCUGCGCCCCUCGAGAAGGGCGUUGUUAAUGCUGUUCCGGGCGCCACGUUCCAUAAGCUUUAG